GGUUUGCAGAGCGGUCGGGUGUAUUCUCCGCACAACCCACGCCCUCGAGGCCCACGCAGCCCGACCCAACUGUGGAGCUGACCAGUGCCUGUCGUGGUACCUUCUGGCACCGGAUCGCUCCGCGCUGGGGUGGGACGCGGCCCCACCAGCUUCGGUCACUAUGAGUGAUACAUCUUUCAACCUGAUAUCAGAAAAAUGUGACAUUCUAUCAAUUCUUCGGGAUCACCCCGAAAACAGGAUUUACCAGAGGAAAAUCCAGGAACUCAGCAAAAGAUUCGCUGCAAUCCGCAAGACCAAAGGGGAUGGCAAUUGCUUCUACCGGGCCCUGGGCUAUUCCUACCUUGAGUCGCUGCUGGGCAAGAGCAGGGAGGUCCUCAGGUUCAAAGAGCACGUGCUGCAGACGCCUAACGACCUUCUGGCUGCUGGCUUUGAGGAGCACAAGUUCCAGAACUUCUUUAAUGCUUUUUACAGCGUGGUAGAGCUGGUAGAGAAGGACGGCUCUGUGUCCAGCUUGCUCAAGGUGUUCAACGACCAGAGCUUCUCUGACCGCAUCGUGCAGUUCCUGCGUCUGCUCACAUCAGCCUUCAUCAGGAACCGUGCCGACUUCUUCCGACACUUUGUUGAUGAGGAGAUGGAUAUCAAGGACUUCUGCACUCAUGAAGUGGAGCCCAUGGCCACAGAGUGUGACCACAUCCAGAUCACAGCCCUGUCCCAGGCACUCAACAUCGCCCUGCAGGUGGAGUACGUGGACGAGAUGGACACCGCCCUGAACCACCACGUGUUCCCCGAGGCUGCCAUCCCUUCUGUUUAUCUGCUCUAUAAAACAUCCCACUACAAUAUCCUUUAUGCAGCUGAUAAACAUUAAUUUUAGGUCACGAAGUGGAACCUGUCACCUUACGGAACUGCAUUCUAAAUGGAACGUUCCAGCUUUUCUAUUUUUUAAGUAAUCAAUAGCUAGAAAACAGACAGCCUUUUGGGCAGAGCCGCUGGAAACAAGACUUGCCCAUUAUGGACUAAUGUAACUGGUGGUACUUUUAGUAUUUACUUUGAUGGAGCAUCAAAUGCCUUCUAAUUCUGGGCUGGAAAGCCAGAACCCCUGGCUGUGUACCCCAGUUCUGUGAGACCCGAUGUGGGUCACCUACUCUCACUGGACCUGUUUACUUACCUGGAGAAGGAGCCUCUUAUAUGAAAAUGGGGACCUCUGGUUUCCCCUCUCCAGGAGCACAGCCCCUCCUCUGCAGGGGGAAGAAAGCUCAAGGCCAGCUGUCUGACUCAAGCAACAGCAAAUCUGUGAAGAUGUCUGGUCCAGUCAUACGUGGAGCUGGUCCUUGGUGGGUGGCUUCAUUCAUGGGGCACCUUCCCACCCCUCACUUGAGACCUUUAUGCCAAAGUCCAGAAAAGGGCCUUAGCCUUCAGCAUGAAGCAAGCUCAGGUUGCUGGGGCCCCUCUACCUCAGGGCCAGAAGGGCCUGACUUUUGGAGGGUGGGCCUUUCCAGGUUCUGCUGCCUGCCAUUGGCCCCUCCCGGAUAAAGGCUCACAGGGAAUAGGGCCUGUACCGUACUUAUGUCUGGGACCAGGAGACUGCAGCUGUCCCUGUCAGCCCCUGCAGGUCAGAGGUACAGUCUAGGCGCUCGGCUGGGUAGAGGCCCAUGCAGCUGUGGACUCCAGCUGAGCAAAGUGGAUCUUUUGCAAGCCUGUCUCAGCUUGUUCGUCCCUUUCCUUCUCUGCUCUUCAUAGCUGGCAAAGAGCAGAGAUAAGCCAUGGAAAUGGGCAGUGAGUGAGAUUUCCACUGGUGACAACUGCCAGGCCAGCAGCUUCCUCAGCCAUCGAUAUGCACAGGUCCCCUUCAAGAACCUCCUCACCCACCUUGCCUGCCUGGGUUGGCACGCAGCCUGGCCCUGAUGGAUCCAGACACUGCCUGAGCUGCAACACUUCUCCUCCGCAGAUUUCCUCCACAGGAGCACAUGGAUAAUGCAAGGUGUGGACACCCUUGCAUCCCUUCCAUAACUGAAGGCCACCUUCUCACCAGUUUCAUUCUGCAGGGAUUUCUUAGAAUCUCUUGGUGCUAUGACUGACACAGGUCUGUGCCCAGAACUGGAUAGCUGAGUCCAAGUCUUGCUGCCACAGAUCUCCCCUGGUGAAAGCCAGUAACUCUCUGUCAGGUGAUUUACUUCCAAGCAGGAAUCCUAGUUCCCACACUGCCCUCACUGGCCUUGGGUCCAUAGGGCUCAAGCUUUCCUACAGGAAUAUAAACCUGAUCCUCACCUCAGGAUAUGUUCAGUGUCCCAUCCUGCUAUUGGCAGGAAUGUCAGGGUCUGGACAUGUCUCCAGGGCAUCCACUUUCAAAAUGAAGUGUAUGAACACCCAGACGUUGUCUGAUGCCUUCCCUGGGCCUUCUUGAGAGGUAGGGGAAUGGGCCCUGGGCCCUUCCUUGGGACUCUGAGGCACUGCAGACGGGUGACUGGCUGCUCCUCUGUGCAUCUGUGGCCAAGUGGAGUUCUCUGGAGAGCUGCUGGAGACACUCUCCCGUGAUGCCCUCCCACGGGCCCACCUUCCUAAGUGUCAGUCAAGGCUAGGAUGCGCACACCCAGGCAGAGACAUGCGUGUUGGUUUCAUCCUCUCCCCUGCUGUUUUUCUCCUUUUGAAACAAAUCCAAGCCUUGCCUUUAAUUCCCCAAGUGUGCCUUCAGACAGAGUCCCUAAGGCACCAUGGAGGAAGCAAGUGGCAGGACUGCUAAAAUCCAAGCACCAUGUCCAGAAGCAAGCUGUGCCGGGGAUGCCCCUUCCUGGGUAACUGCCCCCCACACCACAGACCCAGCUCUUUCCAUACCAAAGAUUCUGAGGGCUUGUCUUUACAACUGCCUGUAUAUUGCCUUCUUUCCAAAAGAAAUAAGCACUGGAAAAAUUUAGCAACAGAAAGAGUUGGCCUGGUUGGUUUUGCUUUGGUCUAGGUUCCUAUUUUAAGCACAAACAAAAGGGCUUGGAGCCAAAUACCCAAGUUCAAAUCUCCGCUUUUCCAUUAGCUGUGUGACCUUGGCUAAGCUACUUUGCCUCUGAGCUCCACACACCAUCUGUGUGGAACAGACAUACUAUAAGCUGACUGCUUCUCCUGGAGAUUGUGUGAAGACAGCUGUAACACCUGACACACUGUGAGUGCUCUGCACACAGAACGCCCUCCCCACCCCACCAUUCCUGGCAGGCAGCACUGUCAGUACUAAGAGUGCCUGCUCCCAGGGCAGCAGCUGAA